GCUGACGGGCCGCGUUGUUUACGGGCUCCAGCAGCCCUCGCUCCCGCCGCCCGCCCGCCGCCGCCAGCCCWGGUGCCCGCCCGCCUGUCUGCGCGCCCCUCUGUCCGCACGUCCCUCGGCCCCGGAGCCCGCCGAUCGCGGUCCAGAGCGCACGGGGCCGAAAUCCAGGAGGCCGGGGCGCAACUCGGAGCUUCUGGGCCUGAGAUCGAGGGACCGGGCCCGAGCCGCUGUGGCUAGGGGAUCGGGGCCGCCUCCUCCCCGCCGCGCCACCCUUUCUGUAGCGGCCCAAGCCGCGCGCACUCCCCGGCGCUGUCUCAGGGGCCUCUCUCGAGUGGGGGCUGCGGCAGACAGGCCACCGACGUGGAAGAGAAGGACUCGUAGCACCCCGCGCUUCUCCGGCGGCCGCCUCGGAGCAUGACCCCCGCGGGCCGGCUCCGCGCGCUCUGAUCCGCGGGGACCCCGCGCUCCCAGCAGCCAUGGGCGCCGGGGGCCGGCGGGGGGCGGCGGCCGCGCCGCUGCUGAUGGCCGUGGCCGCGCUGCUGGUGGGCGCCGCGGGCCACCUGUUCCCUGGAGAGGUGUGUCCCGGCAUGGACAUCCGGAACAACCUCACCAGGCUGCAUGARCUGGAGAACUGCUCCGUCAUCGAGGGACACCUGCAGAUCCUGCUGAUGUUCAAAACCAGGCCCGAGGACUUCCGGGACCUCAGCUUCCCCAAGCUCAUCAUCAUCACCGACUACCUGCUGCUCUUCCGCGUCUACGGGCUGGAGAGCCUCAAGGACCUGUUCCCCAACCUCACGGUCAUCCGCGGCUCCCGCCUCUUCUUCAACUACGCGCUGGUCGUCUUCGAGAUGGUCCACCUGAAGGAGCUGGGGCUCUACAGCCUCAUGAACAUCACCCGGGGCUCCGUGCGCAUCGAGAAGAACAACGAGCUCUGCUACCUGGCCACCAUCGACUGGUCCCGGAUCCUCGACUCCGUGGAGGACAACUACAUCGUGCUCAACAAAGACGACAACGAGGAGUGCGGAGACAUCUGCCCAGGCACCGCCAAGGGCAAGACCAACUGCCCCGCCACCGUCAUCAACGGGCAGUUUGUCGAGCGGUGCUGGACGCACAGCCAUUGCCAGAAAGUUUGCCCGACCAUCUGUAAGUCGCACGGCUGUACYGCCGAAGGGCUCUGCUGCCACAGCGAAUGCUUGGGCAACUGUUCCGAGCCCGACGAUCCCACCAAGUGUGUGGCCUGCCGCAACUUCUACCUGGACGGCAGGUGCGUGGAGACCUGCCCGCCCCCCUACUACCACUUCCAGGACUGGCGCUGCGUGAACUUCAGCUUCUGCCAGGACCUGCACAACAGAUGCAAGAACUCGCGGCGCCCGGGCUGCCACCAGUACGUCAUCCACAACAACAAAUGYAUCCCCGAAUGUCCUUCCGGCUACACCAUGAACUCCAGCAACUUGAUGUGUACCCCUUGCCUGGGCCCCUGUCCCAAGGUCUGUCACCUCCUAGAAGGCGAGAAGACCAUCGACUCGGUGACGUCGGCCCAGGAGCUCCGAGGCUGCACCGUGGUCAACGGGAGCCUGAUCAUCAACAUCCGCGGGGGCAACAAUCUGGCGGCUGAGCUGGAGGCCAACCUUGGCCUCAUUGAAGAAAUUUCAGGGUAUCUCAAAAUCCGCCGAUCCUACGCUCUGGUGUCCCUCUCCUUCUUCCGGAAGUUGCGUCUGAUUCGAGGAGAGACGCUGGAGAUCGGGAAUUACUCUUUCUACGCCUUGGACAACCAGAACCUCAGGCAGCUCUGGGACUGGAGCAAGCACAACCUCACCAUCACUCAGGGGAAACUCUUCUUCCACUAUAAUCCCAAACUCUGCCUGUCGGAAAUUCACAAGAUGGAAGAAGUCUCCGGAACCAAGGGGCGCCAGGAGAGGAAUGACAUUGCCCUGAAGACCAACGGCGACCAGGCAUCUUGUGAAAAUGAAUUACUUAAAUUUUCUUUCAUUAAGACAUCUUUUGACAAGAUCUUGCUGAAAUGGGAGCCGUACUGGCCCCCUGACUUCCGGGACCUCUUAGGAUUUAUGCUCUUCUACAAAGAGGCCCCUUAUCAGAAYGUGACCGAGUUUGACGGGCAGGAUGCAUGUGGCUCCAACAGCUGGACCGUGGUGGACAUCGACCCCCCUCAGAGGUCUAACGACCCCAAGCCCCAACACCACCCCGGAUGGCUGAUGCGGGGUCUCAAGCCCUGGACCCAGUACGCCAUCUUUGUCAAGACCUUGGUCACCUUUUCUGAUGAGCGCCGGACCUACGGGGCCAAGAGUGACAUCAUCUAUGUGCAGACGGAUGCCACCAAUCCUUCCGUCCCGCUGGAUCCCAUCUCGGUUUCGAAUUCCUCGUCUCAGAUCAUCUUGAAGUGGAAGCCCCCCUCGGACCCCAACGGCAACAUCACGCACUACCUGGUUUACUGGGAAAGGCAGGAGGAAGACAGUGAGCUGUACGAGUUGGAUUAUUGUCUCAAAGGCUUGAAGCUGCCCUCGCGCACGUGGUCCCCGCCGUUCGAAUCGGACGAUUCUCAGAAGCACAAUCAGAGCGAGUACGAGGACUCUGCCGGAGAGUGCUGCACCUGCCCGAAGACCGACUCUCAGAUUCUGAAGGAGCUGGAGGAGUCCUCGUUUCGGAAGACCUUUGAGGAUUACCUGCACAACGUCGUUUUCGUCCCCAGAAAAACCUCUUCGGGCAGUGGUGCCGAGGACCAUAGACCGUCUCGGAAACGCAGGUCCCUGGGUGUCGAGGCGAAUGUGACGGAGCCCGUGCCCUCGGCCCCGGCCCCGGCGCUCCCCAGCAGCUCCCCCAGCGCGCCCGCCAGCCAGGAGGAGCACAGGCCCUUUGAGAAGGUGGUCAACAAGGAGUCGCUGGUCAUCUCGGGCCUGCGCCACUUCACCGGCUACCGCAUCGAGCUGCAGGCCUGCAACCAGGACRCGCCCGAGGCGAGGUGCAGCGUGGCCGCCUACGUGAGCGCGCGCACCAUGCCCGAAGCCAAGGCAGAUGACAUCGUCGGCCCUGUGACCCACGAAAUCUUCGAGAACAACGUCGUUCACUUGAUGUGGCAAGAGCCCAAGGAACCCAACGGUCUGAUCGUGCUGUACGAAGUGAGCUACCGGCGCUACGGUGAUGAGGAGCUGCAUCUCUGUGUCUCCCGGAAGCACUUUGCUCUGGAGAGGGGCUGCAGGCUGCGUGGGCUGUCACCAGGGAACUACAGCGUGCGCAUCCGGGCCACCUCCCUGGCAGGCAACGGCUCCUGGACAGAAGCCACUUAUUUCUACGUGACCGAUUAUCUAGAUGUGCCAUCAAAUAUUGCCAAAAUCAUCAUUGGCCCCCUCAUCUUUGUCUUUCUCUUCAGUGUUGUGAUUGGAAGCAUUUACCUAUUCUUGAGAAAAAGGCAGCCAGAUGGGCCGAUGGGACCUCUCUAUGCUUCUUCAAACCCCGAGUACCUCAGCGCCAGUGACGUGUUCCCCUCUUCUGUGUAUGUGCCGGACGAAUGGGAGGUGCCCCGGGAGAAGAUCACCCUCCUGCGGGAGCUGGGGCAGGGCUCCUUCGGCAUGGUGUACGAGGGCAAUGCCAAGGACAUCAUCAAGGGCGAGGCGGAGACCCGGGUGGCCGUGAAGACCGUCAACGAGGCAGCCAGUCUCCGGGAGCGGAUCGAGUUCCUCAACGAGGCCUCGGUCAUGAAGGGCUUCACCUGCCAUCAUGUGGUCCGCCUCCUGGGGGUGGUGUCCAAGGGCCAGCCCACGCUGGUGGUGAUGGAGCUGAUGGCUCACGGAGACCUGAAGAGCUACCUCCGCUCUCUGAGGCCGGAGGCCGAGAAUAACCCCGGUCGCCCUCCCCCGACYCUGCAAGAGGUGAUUCAGAUGGCAGCAGAGAUCGCAGAUGGGAUGGCAUACUUGAAUGCCAAGAAGUUUGUGCACCGGGACCUGGCAGCUCGAAACUGCAUGGUUGCUCACGAUUUUACUGUCAAAAUUGGAGAUUUUGGAAUGACCAGAGACAUCUACGAAACGGAUUACUACCGGAAAGGGGGCAAGGGCCUGCUGCCCGUGCGGUGGAUGGCACCCGAGUCCCUGAAGGACGGGGUCUUUACGGCUUCUUCUGACAUGUGGUCCUUCGGUGUGGUCCUCUGGGAGAUCACCAGCCUGGCGGAACAGCCCUACCAAGGCCUAUCUAACGAGCAGGUGCUGAAGUUCGUCAUGGACGGCGGGUACCUGGAGCAGCCCGACAACUGUCCAGAUACAGUCACCGAGCUGAUGCGCAUGUGCUGGCAGUUCAACCCCAAGAUGCGGCCCACCUUCCUGGAAAUCGUCAACAUGCUCAAGGAUGACCUGCACCCCAGCUUUCCAGAAGUUUCCUUCUUCCACAGUGAUGAGAACAAGGCUCCCGAGAGUGAGGAGCUGGAGAUGGAGUUUGAGGACAUGGAGAAUGUCCCCUUGGAUCGGUCCUCCCACUGUCAGAGGGAGGAGGCCGGGGGCCGGGAGGGAGGGUCCUCUCUGGGCAUCAAGCGGAACUAUGAGGACCACAUCCCCUACACCCACAUGAACGGGGGCAAGAAGAACGGGCGGAUUCUGACCUUGCCCCGGUCCAGUCCCUCCUAACAGUGCCUGUGGGGGAGGUUCCUGUUUCACUUUUCUCUGGUUUGAACGCCUCUAGAAAACUCAGGAUUCUCACAACUCUACCCCAACGUCAAACAGAUCUCAGAGAUAGUUCCUGUACAUUUCUGUUCAUCUUUUGACCUAAAACACGCUGUGUGCUUGCCAAUUCGACUGGUCAUCAGAAGAUUUAACUGUGAACCUGGAGGGGAAGGGGUUCCAUGGCUGCUGCCCUUUGGGCAUCCACAAUUUCGAACCAGGAUUUUUUUUUCUUAGUAGAUUGAAAGAAAACACGUAUUUUUACAAAGUUUUUAUUUUUCCUUCUGCUAGUGUCUGAGCUACAGUGUAAAAGAGAAAACUUGUCUGAGGAACAAAUGUUGAAAGGAGAAACAAAAUCCUGUCCCUGCAGAAGCCCGAGCUUUACAGGGUGACCUUUCUCAUCCCGACGGAAGGAUUUUAUUUUUUUCUUGUUCACAAAAUCAGUUCCUCAAGUUGACCAACAGCUGCUGCUGUCCCUUCUGAUAAGUGUGCACAGCCCCGGUGUGCGUGCACACGUGUGCUUUGGUGUGCGUGCGUGUGCGUGCGUGCGGAGUCUUCGUGCUGAGUUGAAGCUUUGGGACUUGGCUCUGGGGGUCUGUGGCUGGCAGGUCUGUGGCUCACGUCCUCCCCCGGCUGCUUCCUUCCGGGAGACUGUGCCCUAGACAGAGUCUUCUCCUGUCGGGAGUCCUGCCUCAGGUGACUCUUCCCCUUCCCUCUGGUGAAUCCAUGGUUUUCAGGAGCUGAGGGAGGGAYGUUUAGUUUGGAAUGGUCAUCGUGGAUCUUUGGAAGACCAAACAAAGCCAGGACAGAAAGAAAAAGAAGCAAAAGGGAAAAAACCUGAGAUGACAGAGAGUUUUGAGGAUAUAUUUGUAACAUAUUUAAUUUUGAAGAGGUCUCGGGCAUUAGCCUCCUAAGUUAUUGACUGUUCCCUGGAGGAGGACUGGGGGGUCUGCCUGUCUCGGGAGAGUGAGUGGGGCAUGAGUAGCUUCUUAUUUGGGUCUUAAAGGAGUGUUUUCUGGGAAUUAAGCCACAUUAGCUGCUAACCCUUUUGGACAUUUUUGAGGCCCCAUGGAGUGUGGGCAACUGGGAGUUGKUCCUGUUUGAAUAACAAGUUCUGCCGGAAAUUUCCCGCUUGGAUGAACUGGUUACCGAUGGGCCCUCCUUCGAGGACACCUGUGUUCAUCCUUUGUGUACCUCCCCCGGCCCCGGUGUUCCUUCUCCUGGGUGUGCACCUUCCUCGGUUACUGUGCGAACACAACAAAUCGGCUCCCAAAGACCAGCAACCAGGAUGGCCUCUGAGAACAUCAAGCAAUAUACCAGGGGAUGCCCUGAGAACGUCGGUCCUCUCCAUCCGUGGGACAUCUGAGUAUCCUCGGUACCAGCCGCCCAGAGCAGCCCUGUGCCCGGGAACCUCAGCUGGGUCAGGCGUGGUACCUGAGCAUCUCCCUCAGGUGCUUAUCAUGUUGCAAUCUCUAAGAGACUAAUGUCUGGAGGCGAGACAGUCAGACUUCCCCACCGCUGAGAACUUCUGAACGGUGGGAGUCCCCCGUCUAAUUCUCUGUGUGAGAACCACAGCUGCUCAAGUGAAGAACAUGGUGAACGCCCCACCUGGGUUCAUCAGAACCCUCCCCACGGGCCAUCCCUGAGCGUUUCCCUACAGAUGUUUGCUUCCUUCUCCUCUUCCUCUGUUAAGAGUCGUGGGACAGGGAUACAGUGACGACCUCCGAGCCCUCUCAGUUCUGGGUUGAGAACACAGGUAGACACGAAUUCCAACGGCCUAUUACUAUCUUAUUUAUAUGAUUUGAGAAAAUACAGCCUGUAAAAUAUUGCUGGGGAGCCUCAGUGAUUGGGUACAAGAAGCAAGAGUACAGAAAUUAUUUUCGCCAAAGUCAUUUUGUAAAUAUAAUAAGAGUCUGGAUGUCAAUUAGAGACACACAGAUCUAGGUAUUUUGUUCUUUUCCUAGUGAAUUUGUAGUAAUAUACUACGCUAGCAGCAGUUUUCACAUUUUUCUAAUUCAGAAAGUUUUUCUUAGUGGGAAAAAGUAUUUAUUUUAAUAUAUAAAAUCAAUCUAAAAAUCACUUUCGUAAAAAAUGGAGUGCAUGUAAAUUUUUAUCAAGGAAAAAUAAACAGGUGAAUGUGGGUCAUGAUUUUUUUUUCCCAGCACAGUCUACCUCAGUGUGUUGUUAGGAUGUGGUUCAAUAACAGACAUCUUUGAGACUUCAGAAUUCUGCCUGGAUCCAGUUUGAAUCAGGAAAAAAGUGUAUCAGCUGAUUCCAAAUGGCAGGGACCAGUGAGAAUUUUGAGGGGGGGAGUUAGGAGGGAGAAGUUGUAGCCUUCAUGUGAACCUAGUCCUGACCUCCUGACCGAUAGUAUUCCUCUCUGAAUUAAAUCUUCCUUUUAAAAAAUCCUGCACCUGUUGACGCUGUGCUCUCCAAACGGAAACCAAGGUUCAGGUCAUCACAGUGUAGCUGAUGGAUGGGGCACCCGGCCUGCCGCCUCGGAUGACACGUGGGUGUCUCAUCGGCUGCUGAAAAGGCAAGCUCUGGCUCAGGGCUGGAGCCCCCAAAAGUGAGUGCACAGGUGCUGUGGGUUCUCGAUACUCAUUCCCACUCCCUCCAGACUGAUAAUGCUCUCGGGGGGCACAGGGUUGUAUUCACAGGCACCCCACACGCACAUCCAUACCCGACUGCAGGGUCUCCUUUUAUGGAAGGUAGGGCAGGGGGCAUUUCUGGAAAUCCCAGCUUAAGACCCAGCAGUGUGCUGAACACAGUUUUAACAACAAAACUCUGAACCCCUGUGUUGGGCCUUGGUCUGACCUUGUGCGACUUUGGGAACUCUUGUGAAAGUCCAGGUGGGGUCAGCAGAGCUGUGGUCUUAUUUGCCAAACCUCACUGCUCCUGUCCUUUUAGGCACUGCCCUGUGGACCCCUCCUCUCCACCUCCUGGAGAGGGGUCGAGUCCUGGCCUGCCAGUACAAACGGGGGCCCACCAAUUUCAUUUUGACGUCUCCUGCGGUAGUGAGAAGAGCGGGCAGCUGAUGGUUCACAGACCUCCUCUCAGCCUUAGAAAAUGUUGACUGUGUGACAUAGAAGUUUGGCCCUAUAGAGGCACGGCCAUGCUGGGAGUUGGUAGUGAUUGUCACCAAACACUGGCUUAGGUGAACACUUUUUGUUCGUCUUUAAAGACGGCUCACUGUUACGAACACUUUUUCAUCGACAUGUGAAAUCCAUGCCAUAGUUUCUUCUUUCAGGAGGAGAACACCCAUCACAUCUCUUUCUGCCUAGGUCCGUGAGGUCAAGCACAUGCUAGGAAAUGCCCAUGUUCUGGGAGCUGUCCUAGGUGCUGUGCUGUCAUUAAGCUAGUGGGAAGGCAUGGCCCUUCUCUGGAGAAAGCACAAUGUAAUGAAAACGUGGAAUUGAUAAAAGGGUUGGCACUACAAUGCGGUGACCCUAGAGGUAUGUCCCCCACUGAUGUGCAGUCUUGAAUCCCAUCCCAGCAGGGCAGAUGGUCCAGCAUGAGAUGUGCAUGUUGGCUUAGGAAGUCCUUUCUUGGUAGCCCACCAUCACACUGGUGAGCAAAUGGAUGUGCUAUGUACCAGAAGUAGUCACUUUUCUGCUUCGUGGUGGGUGGAAUUUGGGGGUAUAUCAAUGUCUUGUGGAUGCCAUCUGGUGAGUCCUUGACACCUUGGGCUCUUCAGAAAUUAUGG